GAUUUCAUCGAAUGGUGACGCAUGACGUCACAACUCAUCGAAUUGCCCGCAAUUCUCCAUUAUUUUCGCGAGUUGUUGCAAUUCGGCAGUGAAUCUCAGAAAACCAUUAAUUCGUGAGCAAAUAUGCAGCUUCCUUUGCCCAGGAGUAUUGUGAAUGGUGCCGGCGUGCGCCUCAAUGCGGGGAAAACUGUGGGCGUGAUGGUGAGAGUGAAGGAAUACGAUGGAUCCUCAUUGUUUAUGCAGGGUACAACCUCGGAUAAUGUCGAGAUAAACAUUACCUUGAGGACUCCACUGGACAGAAGGAUCAACGAGCAGUGGGUGGAGGUUAUCGGCACACCAACCCGACCAGAUUCCAUCAACGCCGGCGAGGUGAUCAUGUUCCCGGACGAUGGACAGGAGUUCGACAAGAGGGCCCACAACAUGAUGAUUCAGUUCCUCACGAACGCCUCCAAUGUCUUCAACAUUCGCUGAUACCAUCUUUAAU